AUGAAUACUUCCCUACAUCGAGCCGGGCAAGCCAAUUUUACGAUCCUGGUGUAUGGUUUCGAAUGUGGUUGGAUAUCUCCCAUUACGUCGUUGCUGCAGUCAGAGGAUUCACCAGCCGGAUACCCACUAACAGACUCUCAGCUCUCUUGGGUAGCAAGUGUAUUGAGUUUGACCGCAACAUUUGGAGUCGUCACGUAUUCUUAUGUUGCUGACCAGUAUGGGAGGAAAACUAGCGUGGUUGCUCUUGCCAUUGUGGAAGCAAUUUCAUGGGUAAUUCGUCUAUCGUACACCUCGUUUCCCCUGCUUAUCUUAGCCAGAAUCUUCGCUGGUUUAACAGCUGGCGGUGGUUACACCAUCAAUACUAUCUACGUGAAAGAAAUAAGUCAAAAAGAUUUGACAGGAAUUUUAGGGACUUUCCCCAUUCUUAUGCAUACUACUGGAAUAUUUUUGAUGUAUCUUAUGGGAGCCUAUAUGGACUAUACGGUAGUUAUUAUUACUGUCCUGGUGGUGUCAAUAUUAACGAUGAUUGCAAUGACAAGAGCUCCUGAAUCACCCGCCUUCUUAGUUAAACAAGAUAAAAUUGAACCUCUUUUAAUCGGCGUAUAUGGUAUAACUGCUUUAGCAAUGUUCGCGUUGGCCAUAAUGAUUGUUUUCCAAGAGCGAUAUGGUAAUGUUCCAGCGUGGAUGCCUGCUGUAGCUUUAAUACUGUCAGUAGCUAUGUUCAGCGGUGGAGUGUCACCUCUGGCCUUCAUUGUUACGUCAGAAAUGUUUAAUUUCCAUAUCAGAGCCACGGUGAUGGGCGUGGUGGUCACUUACGGAUGGCUUUUGACGUCUGUAGAACUGAUGACUUAUACUCCUAUAGCAAAUUCAAUGGGAGAAUUUGCCCCUUACGUUUUUUAUGGAUGUGUCAAUUUAGCUGCAGUAUUUUUUGUUGCAUUCUUCUUACCUGAGACACGGGGUAAGACUGAGGAAGAGAUAUUUAAAAACGUGAAGAAUAAGGAUGUUCAUGACAGUGUUAUA